AUGGGGAAAAAUAAUAAGCAAAAAAAGUAAGCAAGUAAUAAAGAAGAGGAUUAAGACGAAGAUAUGUAUAUGCAAUUGACAGAAAUAAAAUAAGAUGACUCGCCAAAUAACAAAAAUAAAUUGAUUAGCAGCCAAAAUUCUAAAAAAAGAAAAUCUUCUUCUUCAGGAAAAAAAAAUAAAAAGCAUAUUGAUGAUGAUGAAGAGGAAUUAGAUGAAAUAGACAUGUUUGAUGGCUAAGUAGAGUCUCAAAAUAAUUUUCCUAAUUUAAAGAAUAUGAAAGGAUUUAUAGUUAAAUAGUAAUUUAGACCUUGCGAGGCACUUACUGGGUUUUAAACAAGAAAUGUUUAUGAUGUUUUUCCUGCUGAUUAAGAAGAUGAAGAAAUUGAUAAAUAAAGCAUUCCAAUUAUGAGGUCACUUGAAGAAAGCAACUGUUUCGUUAGAAAUUUAUUAUCAGGAAGAUGCAGACCCUUUGAAAUGUCUAUUUCUACACAUAAUAGUUAUGGAGAUAGUGAAUUUCAGGAACAUGUGAUAUUAGUUCUCAAUAGAGAAUUUAAAUGCACUUUUCUUUGUUGGUAAAGACCUACCAUUGAGGUUUUUUAAGUUAAAAAUGGAAUUAAUGAGUUAUUGGGAAGAGUUGUUAACCCUUUUAACUUUUGUGAUUUAGAUAUUUUAGUCUUUGAUAGGUUUGAUAAAUAAAUUUUUACUAUAGAGGGUUCUUGCUGUUCAUGCGGCUUUUUGUGUUAAAACUUUGGAUGUAAACCAUGCUAAGAAUUAGAGUUCUUUGUAAAAGACAGUGAAGGAAACGAUUUUACAUAAAUAAAAAAGAAGUAAAUAGGAUGCUAUGUUGGAUGUGUUAGUGAUACUUCAAAAUAUUUUAUUUCAUUCCCUGAAGCAAUAGAUAACACUAAAAAAACUUUAUUGCUAGCUGCUACUAUUCUCUUAGACUACAUAUAUUUCGAAGGCGGAAGCAAGAUAUGCUUAAAUCUUUGA